AUGUCAAUUGGACAAACACUUUUACUUUAUUAUCGUAUAUUUUUUUAUUAUUUAUAUUCUGGAAAAGGUAUUAAUACAUAUUCUACUACUGAAAUUGAUCGUCGUAUAUUAGUUCAUAUAUAUUCACUUGUUUUGGUAAUUCGUCUUUUUUCUUUUCCACAUUAUCGAGCAAAAUGUUAUGGUGAUGACUUACGAGCUAAUUUACGUAAUGUUAUUGUACCAUUUACUGGCAUUCCACUUUCAAUAUUUUGUUUAAAUAAAAUUUUUUGUUUAUUUUUUUUAAUAUUUAUUUAUCCAUUAUGGGCAUUUAUUGGUUCUAUCUAUUUAUCAAUUUAUGAUCCAAGAAAAAAAUCUAUUGAUCAACAUUUUUAUGAACAAUUAUUAAAACCAAAUCAUUGGUUUGCAACAUGGCGUAUCAAUUGUACUAUUGUUGCUUAUCAUUCUUAUAAAAAAUGGAAACAAACUAAAGAACAAUAUGCUAUGGAAGAUAAAGGUCGAUUUUUGAUUGAAGGAAAAAAAUUAAAUAUACCUGUAACACCCGUAUUAGAUAUUCCUCGUAUUAUGAUUAAACAUAAAUCAAUCGAAGGUGGAAUGGGAAUUAAUGUGUAUGAUAAUUUUGCUACAAAUUAUGGCGAUUGGAUAAUUCAAAAAGUAUUUUCAAAUAGUGAUUUUAUUCAACAUCUUGUAACGUCGGAUGCACCACUUUCGACGGUACGUGUAAUAACUUCACGUGACCCUUCAUCAUCAUCAAUUAAAGUGAAAACAAUGGUUUUUCGUGCUGGUCGUAUUCGACAAAAAACUGAUCAUAAUGCAAUUUUUUAUAAUAUUGAUUUUAAUUCUUCACAUCGUCUGUCAAGUGGAACAACAAAUCGUCAUUGGUAUCAAACUGGUUUAAAGUCGUUUGAUACAAAAUCUAUAUGGGAAGAACAGAAUUAUUCAGUUCAUCCUGAUUCUCAUGAACGAAUUGAAGGAAUUAAAUGGCCAAAUGUAAAUGAAAUGAUUCAAUGUACUUGUCAAGCACAUGCAAAAUUAUGUCCUAAUGUUCCAAUUAUUGGUUGGGAUGUUGCAUGGACAAAUGAAGAUAGGCCAUUGAUGUUACUUGAAUUAAAUAUUUCAUGUAAUUUUUUCAAUGGACAUUUUGAUAUAAAAGAAUAUACUAAUUUUUGUUAUGAGUGGUUUCAUACACUUGAUGUUUAA